AUGACUGCCAGCAUUUGCGUCUCUUCUGCCUCAACGCCCAGUCCGACAGGUCUUCCGGAGGAGGUGCGCCUGAUGAUAUGGAAGCUGGUCGUGCCAAGCCGCAUGUCCAGCUGCGCUCGCACCAUCUGGACUGACGCCUAUCGGGUGCCCCGCGUGUGGCAUCAGUGGCACACGGAGGAUCGACCAUGGAAGCACGCGUUGCUAUCUCUCAUGCUCAUCAACAAGCAAACCAAGCAGGACAUCGAUGGCUCUGUGAGCAAGAUCCAACCCACACUGGUCUUCUGCAAUCACCAUCACGCAAGACGAUUCUUCUUCCCCUCCAUUGGCUCGGUGAUGCCACGAUCGGACGUGGGUGUUCCUGAUGUGUAUGUGACUCACACGAUACACCGCUUCAACGGCGUCCUCCAGGUUGAGAGCGAUAGCGUCGAAGAGCAGAAGACCUUGUUGCACCGCGCCAUCAAGAGUAUGCUUGAGUCCGGAUAUGGAUUACACAAUGUACCCGAAUCGGACCUGGAAACCACGUUCCUGCUCGAGUAUGAACGUCGGCUCUCUGCUGAACACGAUCCGGACUGCAGGAAUGCUUUGGAAUCCGACUUACAAGAACUCAGCCUGGGAACAUGGAGGUCAGAGAAAAAGUAUGAGACGAAGCACAUCCAUUGCACCAAAAUUUUCAAGUGCGUUGCGACUGGAAGAGUCUUGAGCCGGGUGUCUUCGGCGAGAGUCUGA